AUUUAUCGACAUACCAAAUAUAUAAGCACAGUUUAAUGCAAAGAGCUGCUUCAUUACCAAAGAUAUACAAGGCUAGUUAAGCAACGGAGGGAGCAACGGCUGACUUCUUGUUAGACGAUGGACCCAAACGCUGUUAAAUUGAGAGGUUUUACCCUUGCACUUGUCCUGGGCAUCGCGUCUUCUGCAAUACUUCCCGAUAACCUUGCUGUGGUGGCAACUCCGAAGGGAAACGGUGCAUGGCUGUAUGUAGAAACCCAGCAACAAAUCGACUUGUGGAAACAGCAGAUUACCAACUAUAACACCCUAGCUGGGCCGCAAAGGGCGAUCCGGGUGCUUUACGUCUACAGCAUGGAUUUUGACAUCACCUAUCAGUCACCGGUCAUCGGAAAGCUAACCGAAAUCGCAGCGAAGUCCUUCCGCUCAAUCCCCUACGUCACCCACGUCGGUGCCAUAAUUGAUGGCAUCUUGUCCGGAAGCGCCAACCUCAAUUCCCUCACUAGCGCAAAGGUGAAGGCCUUUGCCGACAGCUACGCCCGUGUGUACUGCAACUCCUCCGCGUUGGAUGGCAUCCAGCUCGACCUUGAGCCGUACAGCGCAACCUACAAAAACUCCACACUGACCUUCGUUCGACGCCUCUCACAAAACCUUCGUGACAACUCAACCUGCGCCAAGCCGAAGUUCCUCGCCUUCUUCGUGGGCCCCCGUCAAGCCGACGCUGACCUGUACGACGCAUUGGGCCCUAAUGGCUACGCAGUCAUUUCCGGUUACGAUCUCGACUCUCCAAAAGCCGGUUAUCCAGAAACUCCUAAGACCUACCAGACCAACCUUCUGACGAACGUCAAGGUCGUCCUAACCAGCGCCGCAACGUCCAAGUACGGCAAGUUUUCUAUUGGCCUCCCCUUCGCCGCCUCCGCCUGUGAAUUCCAGACCGGCAUCUCCACCACGAAUCCAGCCAAGACCAUUCCAGGCUACCCAAUGUACGACGCUAACAACCUAACCAACAGCUACAUUCCCAACGCCUUCGCUGUCCUGAACCAGACUCUGGGUGCUGGCUAUGAGAAGGUCGGCAAUCCGUUCCUGGGUGUGAGCGUGUGGGCUUGGGUCAGCCGGGAUGUGGUCGUGUCAGGUUACCGUCACGUUCCCAAACUCCCUUUCGAUACAAGUGGCAUGAUGUCGUACAUGGCAAAGACCAUGCCGUGCAAGAAUACCGUGUGAACGGCUGACAAAAGAGAGAUCCGCGAUCCGUGUCGUAUUUGGAGUACUGUGUCGUACCACGCGGGAGUUUGCCAAACCGCAGCGUGCAUGCAUGAAUGUUCUGUCCUGUUCUGUUUACGUGUAACAGUAUCUAGUCAUACCAUUCCGUCCUGCCAUUUGCAAACGGCAUGUUGUACAUACCGGCGUGGAUGCGGGUUGAUCAAAGCAAGGGUAUAUAUAUAAUUCGUUGGCGGUGUAUUUAUGGCGUGCUUGUGGCAUCAACA